GGCAAAAAAGCAGUAAGCCCACCGUCGCGUUGCCUCUCCCAAUUCGCAAACCAAACCCCAGCGCAGGCGGAAGCGGAGGCUAGCGCGGAAACCCCACCCCUCGACGGCGCCGGAGACGACGGCGGGCACGACGGCGGCGGCAACAGCACUGAUGGAGUCGGUGGAGGCCCUGGUGGCGCACAUCCAGGGCCUCUCCGGCAGCCCGGAGGAAGUGGCGCACCUCCACAACCUCCUCAAGCAGGCGGACGCUGAUUCCCUGCGCGCCCACUCCACCGCCUUAGUCCACUUCCUCGCCCAGCUCCAGCCCGAGACCCACUCCCUCGGCUACCUCUACCUCCUGGAGGCGUUCGCGACUUCGGCGGCCAAUCCGAGGGACUUUAGCGGCGGGGACUUCCUGGUCACCAUGGCCGAUUUCCUCACCGCAUGCUCGGCGGACCAGAUACGCCUGGCUCCCGAUAAAUUCCUGAAUGUGUGUAGGGUGCUCAAGGAUCAGGUCAUGCAGCUCAACAUGCCGAUCAGAGGGAUUGCCCCGCUGCGGGCAGCAGUCCGUAAGAUCCAGACUUCACCUGAGCAGCUGACCCCGGUCCACGCGGACUACCUUCUUCUGUGCCUGCUGGCAAAGCAGUACAAGGCUGGCCUGAGCGUCCUGGAAGACGACAUUUUCGAAGUUGAUCAGCCAAGGGACUUGUUCCUCUACUGCUACUACGGAGGGAUGAUAUAUAUUGGGCUCAAGAAGUUUCCUAAAGCAUUGGAGCUUCUUCACAAUGCUGUUACUGCCCCAAUGUCAUCCUUGAACGCGAUUGCUGUGGAAGCUUACAAGAAGUAUAUCCUUGUUUCGCUCAUUCAGAAUGGACAUGUGCCAUCAUUCCCGAAGUAUACAUCUUCAAUUGCUCAAAGAAAUCUGAAAAAUCACGCCCAGAUUUAUGUUGAUAUGUCUACAUGCUAUGGCAAUGGUAGCUACCCUGAAUUAGAGUCAUUCAUCCUUUCAAAUGCAGAGAUGUUUCGAUCCGACAACAACCUAGGGCUGGCAAAGCAAGUGCUCUCCUCGAUGUACAAACGAAACAUCCAAAGGCUGACCCAAACUUACUUAACUCUUUCACUUGAAGAUAUUGCUACAUCUGUUCAAAUUGACACACCAAAGGAAGCUGAGAUGCAUGUGCUUCGCAUGAUCGAAGAUGGAGAGAUCCAUGCAACCAUAAAUCAGAAGGAUGGCAUGGUCAGCUUUCACGAAGAUCCUGAACAAUAUAAAAGUGUUGAGAUGGUGGAGCAUAUCGACGCUUCGAUUCAGAGGUUGACGGCUUUGUCCAAGAAGUUGACUUCAAUUGAUGAGAACAUCUCAUGCGAUCCUGCAUAUUUAAUGAAGACUGGAAGGGACCGCGGAAGAUUUGACUAUGACGACUUCGACUCAGUUCCGCACAAGUAUUUUUGAGGUGAUCUGAGCCUCAUGUGACUCGAAAGUACAACCGUCAAGUUAGCGGCCAUUCCUUAAUCGGUCUAUCGCUGUUGAAAAUUGAAACGCUGUAAAUUAUGGUUUAAAGAAUGGGACCGUCGGAGAAGGCAGAUACUGCGAUUCACACUGAGUAGAAUUUACCGUGUCAACGGUUUUUUGGAGGUUCCAUUUUCAUCCGUUUCUGCCUGCUAUUCAUGUCCACAGUGUUUGUUUUUUCGUCCUUUUUUGGUGGAAGAAACAUAUUUCUUUUUGAAGUCA